AUGGCACAACAAGUCGUUGAAAUUUGCGGAAAUGGAAACUUUAAUACAGUUUCAUAUCGAGUUCCUCCCCCUGUGAUCCCAGAAUUAAUCACCAGAGAAAGUAAUGAAGGGAUUGAAUCAAGAGUGCCGGUUGUGAAUCAAAUUAUGGAGGCAUUGCGGAAUCCUAAUGUUAAUAUGAUUGGAUUGUGUGGACUUCCUGGUGUUGGCAAGACAACUACAGUUAAAGAGGUAGCAAAGAAUAAAAACAUGUUUGAAAAGGUGAUCAUGACAACCGUUUCUAAAGAAUUGAACGUUGAGAAGAUUCAAGGCCAGAUUGCUGAGAAGCUGGGUUUGCAACUCAAUGAAAAAACUGAAGAUGUAAGAGCUGCUCGCCUAUGUGUGAGGUUGAAGCAGGAGAAGAAUAUGCUCCUAAUAUUGGAUGAUCUUUGGGAGGAACUUGAUUUGGGCAAAGUUGGAAUUCCCUUUGUUGAAGGUUGCAAAAUGUUACUAACUUCAAGGAAUGAAAUGUUGCUGUCAAAAGACAUGAAAUAUCAAGAAAUUAUCAAAGUGGGUGUUUUGUUAGAGUAUGAAGCAUGGGAGUUGUUCAAGAGGAUUGCUGAGCUUUCUGUUGACUCAAGUAGUCCUGAGUUGGCAUCUAUAGCCAUUGCGAUUGUUCGAAAGUGUGGUGGCCUGCCGCUAAUGAUUGCUACAGCUGCCAAGGCAUUGAAGAAUAAAGAUCUAAAUGAGUGGAAAGAUGCCCUUGCACGAUUGAAUAAUCCUUUGAGGAGAAACAACACAUUAACUAAAGAGGUGGAUACCAUUUUGAAGUUGAGCUACAAUCGUCUAAGCUCAUCAGAGUACAAACAUAUUUUCUUGUUCGCUGCCAUGUUGUCCCAUGAUCCCUCAAUUGAAGACCUGCUCAUGUGCUCUGUGGGGUUAGAUUUUCUUAAGCACGUAGAAAACAUGGAAGAAGCCCAUGUUGGAAUCGCUGCUAUUGUAAGUAAGCUAAAAUCAUUAAACUUAUUUCUUGAUAGCUUUUCCAGUCAUUAUUUUACAAUGCAUGACGUCAUCCGAGAUGUUGCAUUAUCUAUUGCAUCAUCCAUGGAAUUGUUUGCAUUCAUUGUGAAACAUAGAAGGUUGAAUGAAUGGCCAGAUGAAAACAUGCUAAAAGGCUACAAGGGAAUUUGCUUACAAGAGAGUGACAUUAGUGACCUUCCUGAUGAGUUGCAUGGUCCACAAUUGGAAUUCUUUCUACCUAUUGAAUUGGCAGAGUUGACUUCUCUACAAAUGUUGAAUUUGUCCCAUUGCUCUAAACUCAAAGUCAUUCCACAAAAUCUCCUAUCUAGCUUGAAAAAUUUGGAGGUUUUGCAAAUGGGAAAUAGCUUUGACCUGUGGAAAGUUGAAGGAUCUGCUGAAGCUAAUGAAAAUGCAAGUCUUGACGAGUUGAAGGAUUUGCCAAUCUCCUCUCUAGAUAUUCAUAUCCCUAAUGUCUCUAUGUUGCCAGAAAACUUGUUCUUAGAUAUGAAUUUGAAGAGAUACAGGAUAUUCAUUGGUGUUACUCCCAAAGUUGUAGACAUUGGAAUUAUCCAUUUUAAACCUUGUGGCAUUGGGAAAUUGCUGCCCCUUCAUGUGCUGAAAUCUUUAAACAACUUGGAAGAAUUGGAAGUCAGGGACUGUGACUUGUUGGAGAUGGUGUUUGACUUUGAAGAUUUAAAUGAUGAUAAUGAGAUGGUGCCAUCAUCCAUUUGGGAUAAUCUAGAGAUAUUUGAAAAGCAAGGCUCAAGUUUAUCAGAAAUACAUGAGGAAGAGAGCACACUAGACUCAAAAUAUCCUCUACUGUCCUAUGACAAGGUUGAUAAUUUGGAGGAGUUAAGAUUGUGGGGCAAAGAAGCUGAGAUGAUUGGGAGUGGCCAAUUUCCAAUGCACCGCUUCCCCAGAGUAAAACUUCUUUAUCUUAAUCCCAUGGCACCAACAAUAAUUUCGUACAAAUCAUUGUGGGAGAGCUUUCCAAAACUAGAUGAGCUGGAGCUGUGGGGUCGCAUUAGGAGGGACGCUUUUGGAGGAGACGAUGUUGCUGCAUUUGCUGCUCCUUUUAGAAAAUUGACUAUCGGACUAGUCGAUACACCAUGUCUUGAAAGCGUUCAAUUGUUACAAGAUACGGGGAAACGUCAGCAAUUUUGGGACACCAAUCUUAACAAAACAAUCUACCAACAGCAAUUUGUCGCAUCGGGAGUGCUGGUGUUAGAUGAGAGUGACCAAUUUCCAGUGGACCAUAGUCCUAAAGUGGAUAUUCUUCGCAUUGAAAGAUUUGUCGAUAAAAUGAUAACAUUGCUUGAAAGAUUUCCGCAGCUGAAAGCACUUCAUGUGCAACAUAGUUCCUUUGAGGAAAUAUUUCCAUCACAUGCACACAUUGUUGAUCAUAAGGGAAAAAUUCCGCUACCGAAGGAACUUUUGACGGUCCUGAAGGUGUCCAAAUGUCACCAGCUUGUCUAUUUAGUGACAAAUUCAAUGGCCAAAAGUUCAGUGAAUCUUGAGACAUUGGAGAUGAAUGACUGUAAAAAGAUAGAAGAAAUUGUAACGAAGCAAAAAGGAGAGGAUGAUGAGGAUAAGGAAAUCCUUUUCUGCAAACUGAAGUUUUUGAAACUUGAUCAGGUUCCAGCAUUGAAGAGAUUUUGCAGCUACAAUUAUACUUUCAGGUUUCCAUUAUUGGAUCAACAAUUGGCAUCAAGACAGGGGGUGUUAGACGAGAAUGAUGCUAACAUCAUAUGGAAUGACCAAUUUCCAGUGGACCGUUAUCCUCAAGUGGAAAUUCUUCGCAUAGAAAGAUUUUUUGAUGAAUGGAUAGCAUUUCCAAAGAUGGAGAAAAUUGUAAUCAAUGAGACUAAUGAAGAUGUAGAAGGGAGAAUCACAUUCAAUGCGUUGAGGAUAUUAAAACCCACUCUUCGACCAAGAUUGAAAACAGAAGAGGAUAAAACAGAUUUCAACAGUGAGGACCGAGCAACAAAUACCAGAUGUAGAAGCAUUUCAGAUCACUUUUCAGCCGUCAUAAGACUAGUCUUUUGGGAUGGGCUCUCCCUUUGGGCUUAUGCUCAUCACAUUGGUACUUUCGUUGAGAGUUGGCCAACCGAAAAAGGCUACCUGCGGAGGGUUCUGACCGGUAAGAAAAACCGAGUGAAGUGCCGUAGAGUGGAGCCACCGGGGACGUCGACUCUCAAAGGGGUGCUCUGUUAUGAGUCCCACAUUGGGAAAUCUCACAAGUGUUGUGGAGUUCAUAAGUUCAAGGGGCUCUCCCUCCCAAUAGGCUAG